AAUCUUGUACUUUUGAGAUUCUGAUGAUGUAUUGUAUACUUUUUGAAUGACAUUGUAGGGUAGGUGUGAGAGACCCAAUCCAGUUGGUUUGAACAUAAAACAGAUAGAAUAUUUCGGCCAGAUUUGGCCAGUUUAAAUGCUAAGGAGUCAAACCAGUUCCAUUUGAGAAGGAGAGAUGAUCCAAUAAGGAAAAGGACAGGCUUGUCAUCUGGAGAAGGAUGGAAGACUUUGGGGAGUCAGUACCACACCUCAGUCGACCAUUGAUAAAAGUAUCCAUAGCACAAAUACCAAUCCCAGAGGUACCGUCACCAGAGGUAUUAAUACCGCCAUCACCAACACAUGCGAUGCCGUCUCCACUAGUAUUCACACCAGGGAUACAAAUGGAACAGCAUGAGCCAACACAAGAUGCACUCGUCACCACAGAUACCAGUACCACCACCACUACCACCAUCAUCAGGGGUACCGUUAUUACAAGUGUCCAAACCAGAACCACCACCAGCACCACCAGUACCACCAACACCACCACUACCACCACGACAGGCACCAGGGAUACCAUCAUCACAAGAACCGAAUUCAUCACCAACAGCAACGCUAGAGGUACCACCAGGAGAAAUACCGACACCGAUGAAAAAAAAACAAUUUGAGCCCUUCACAAAGAAGUUCUUUGGAAUCCCUUACCAUUAUCCACCAAUGCUGAAGCUCUGUGAAAGUGAACUGACCAAUGCACGGAAAUGCCUUAAGAAAGUGUUUUUGGGUGACAGUGAAGUAAGUUUCAAAUCCACAAAAGCAGAGGAAGGCCCACCCCCAAGGCAAAGAAAUAGUCGGCGGUUUUCUGAUGGUUCCGUGAAUGUCGAAUUUAAACAGAACUUCUACAAAGAACUUGACAAACGGCUUAAGGAUAUGAACUUUGCGGAUUCCCAUACGCCAUCACCAGAGUCCAUCCACAACAACAACAACACAAAUAACGAUUUAGAGGUGUACGCCGAUGUCGUUGAUGUCCAGAAAUGGAAGCCACACGAGCCAUGGUAUUUUCAUACAGUUGACAAAUCGAAAGAAGAACGGCUGCUGCGUAAAAUCAGUCAGGACGGAGCAUUCCUCGUUCGGGACAGCAGGAGUUACAAACCUGACCAGCCGUUCACUCUGACCGUCUUUUAUCAUAAUCGCCUGUUUUCCGUCAAGAUUCGUCAGCUGCCCUCAGGACAGUUUGUAUUAGGCGAGGAAAAACAUGAUCAAGUGAAAUUUGAAACUGUGGAGAAACUCAUCUCGCACUACCGGAAAAGUACAUUGUUACUCCUUGGAAAAGGUGGCGGACGUAUUACACUGACCCAGUACCCAUCCAGUUAUUAAUAUUCGUUGAACAACGUGUGUCUGUGUCUGUGUGUGCAUGUGUGUGUAUAUAUAUAUAUAUA